CGCAGAGAGAAGCGGACGUUACGUCGCCGAUAAGCGCCUCGCCACCUUCCGCCAAGCAAAAGAGUGGAAAUCGCUCUUUAGGUUUUCCCCACACAGAGGCCGUUGUCCGCUGUUACAGCAGGUCCAGCCAGCUCUACUCUGACAGAUUGCGCCUGGAACCCGUUUUCCAAAUGAGUGACGGGGAGUGCGACUUCUUCUGCUUUUUCCGCUGCUGCUGAGUGCGCUCUGUUGCGCCUCAGUCAGAAAGGAGGGGAGGGUUUCUCUCUCUCUACACACUGACUCGAAGUGGAAAAGAGGAGGGAGCGGAGCUUCAGUCAAACCAUUUCAGCUAGGGCUGGACCUCUGAAAUCCGACAGGUAGGCGGCUCGUCUACCUGUCCGGGUGAUUGGCACAAUCGACUGAAUGUCUGUGGACAUGAACAGCCAGGCAUCGGACAGCAAUGAGGAAGACUUUGGGGUGAACUCUGAGGAAGAGCAGGAGGAAGACGAUGGAGGAGAGGAAGAGGAUCCGGGCGAUAUCGCAGACUAUUACGAUGGGGUGGCCAGUGACGUUGAGCAGCAGGGGGCGGAUUCCUCCGACCCAGAGGAGUACCAGUUUACCUGUCUGACCUACAAAGAGAGCCAGCGAGUGUUGACGGAGGAAGUGAACACCGUGGCUGCUGCUCUGAAGGUUUCACCGUCGGUAGCAAAACUGAUCCUGGUGCAUUUUCACUGGCAGGUUUCACAAAUACUGGACAGAUGUAAGUCCAGCUCUUCUCAGCUUUUGUCAGAUGCUCUGGUCCAGUCCAGCAGCGCAUGCAGAUUAGCCACUGCCGCCCAGUCCCUCCAGUGCGGUGUGUGUCUACAGGUUGUACGGAGAGACUCCCUGCUGGCUCUGCCCUGUCAGCACUCCUUCUGCAAAGCAUGCUGGGAGCAGCACUGCACCGUGCUAGUCAAAGACGGCAUGGGAGUGGGAAUCUCAUGUAUGGCUCAGGACUGUUCCCUGCGGAUGCCAGAAGACUUUGUCCUCCCGUUGCUGCCAGGAGAGGAGCUAAAGGACAAAUACAAACGCUACCUCUUCAGAGACUAUGUUGAGAGUCACUUCCAGUUGCAGUUGUGUCCAGGUGCAGACUGUCCCAUCGUCAUCAAGGUGCAGGAGCCCAGGCCGCGCAGAGUGCAGUGCAGCCGCUGCAGUGAAGUCUUCUGUUUCAAAUGCCGCCAGAUGUACCACGCGCCGACAGACUGCGCAACAAUUCGGAAAUGGCUGACUAAAUGCGCAGAUGACUCAGAGACGGCAAACUACAUCAGCGCACAUACUAAAGAUUGUCCGAAGUGCAAUAUCUGCAUCGAAAAGAACGGAGGGUGCAAUCACAUGCAAUGCUCCAAGUGCAAACAUGGUAAGUUUUGCUUCUCAGACUUUCUCAUUAUUAAGAAGCUAUUAUCCAUAACUCAUACUCCGAAUCAUUUUGGAUGCAUUUGGAGUCCGUUAAGGGUUAUUUUUCUGCUAAAAGAUUUCUGCUGGAUGUGUCUUGGGGACUGGAAGACUCAUGGCAGUGAAUACUACGAGUGCAGCCGAUACAAAGAAAACCCUGAUAUAGUCAACCAGAGCCAGCAAGCUCAGGCCAGGGAGGCACUCAAGAAAUACCUCUUCUAUUUUGAGAGGUGGGAGAACCACAAUAAGUCCCUGCAGUUAGAGGCUCAGACAUACCAGAGGAUCCAGGAGAAAAUCCAGGAGAGAGUAAUGAACAAUCUGGGAACUUGGAUCGACUGGCAGUACCUGCAUAAUGCUGCAAAGCUACUGGCUAAGUGUCGCUACACGCUGCAGUACACCUACCCUUACGCCUAUUACAUGGAGUCUGGGCCGCGCAAAAAACUGUUUGAAUACCAGCAGGCGCAGCUGGAAGCAGAGAUAGAAAACCUGUCAUGGAAGGUGGAGCGGGCCGACAGCUACGAGAGAGGAGUGGUGGGAGGAGAGGUGGAGCUCAGCGCCAGCGACAGAGGGGAUCUGGAGAAUCAGAUGCACAUUGCUGAGCAGAGGCGACGCACGCUGCUGAAGGAUUUCCAUAAAACCUGAAGCUCCAUUCGCGACUGCAGAGCACCAGCGUCCUCCCUCCUUUUCUUUGUUCCUCGCCCUCCUACCUUUGCUUCCUUCCCCGAUCAGCCGUUGUUGCAGUCACACUUUCCCUCCCUUCCUCCCUCACUCUGCCUCCCCACACUGACUCAUUCGCUUCCUUCGCUCCGCCUUUCCCUCCUCUCACCGCCAUAACGCAGCAGGGUCACAGAAUGUCACACUUGCUUCACUCCCUUCCUUCUCAUUUCAUUCCCAUCUCCUUAGAUAUAUUUGACACAACGUCUGUUGUGGUCACACUCGUUUCAACACAUCCGGUCUGAUCUCGUGGGUCACUGUUUAAGGUUUCGUGUCUGAAAACAGAGUAAAAUUGCUUUGACAUAAGCAACUACAAGCAACAUGUUGCCUGCUGGAGAUUAGGAAUCUUCCUGAGUAGUUUUUCCUGUUAUGGUGGGAUUAUCAUUUGAGAAGAGCAACUGAAGUAGAAGCCUGGGCUAUUGAGUAGAGGAGGAAUUGGUGGCAGAAUGAUCGUAUUGUUUUUUUUAAGGCAGCAGUGCAACCAGUGGAUCUGUAUUUUGUGGGUUUUUUUUAUAUAAACCUGACUGAUAUACAGGCACCUGUUAAGUCUUGCACCUGUGAUAGUAAUUUGAUUUGGAAAUUUUAAGAAUGGAUAUCGUCUCAUGUGCUGCAAAAUAAGUCAUGGAAAUGAUUAAAAUAAUUCCUAAAAAUGUAUUUUCCUGGUUUACAUCAACUCGUACAACUGCUAAGUUGUAUAAGAAAGAUGCUUCCUACUUUUGUCUUUCUUUUUUUUUUGUUUUUCUUUACAAACUGUUCUCAGCACCCUACUUAAUAUGCGUAACUUCAAACCAAAUUUAAAAGUAGUAAUAUUAAGGUCCAAAAGAGUUGAAUAAAAUGUAGGGAUUUAGACGGCAGCUACCUUGAGUUUUUGCCACCGAUGUUUACCUUUAUUAGGUGUUGCACCAUGACCUGACAGCAACACACGAGGUAAAACCGAGAUUUGACCUCCUUCCUUAAUGUCCAACAUUUAAAUGUAAUCUCAUUCGCAUUCGUCAUUCACAAGCGCUACAGCACCUCCCGGCGACAUUCAGAUGGCGCGCGCACGCCAACGCUCCCAUGUGCAAACACUCCACUAAAGAAACAGUAGCUGUUAAUUUGUUCCCCCUGUCCUCCUCCCCCCGCCCGCUCCGUCUCAUGCUCUCUCUUCUUACUUUGUCAUCCCAACGUUUUAUUUUGCCGUUUUUUUUGUUUUCCUUCAGCUCAUGUUGCUCACCUCUGAAAAAUGGCUGUUGAUAGUUAGAUC